AUGAUGCCAACGACACCUACAUUGUCGGUGGUUGUUCACUCCGAGCUAUCACGGCUUCAGAUGCAGGCUGACAAGCGCAGGUCUUCGUUCCACCCUAGAGCGUCUCGCAGUGCAGUGUCGGUAGCUACCACUGCCGACUCCCCGGCCAUCGGCGCGGCGCGUGGCGCCUGGGAAGUCGGUGCUUCACCCGCCGACUGGCCGGAGUGUGGACCCGGAAUUAACCUAGAGAGUUUUCUCGAAUUCCCCGGGCAAAGACCCCUUCGCAUCUCCGGCGACACAGCUGCAUUUUCUGCCGUUUAUAUACAUCAAAGUCACUUCGCGAACAUGAACGAACCCAUCGAGAUUCUGGGCCAGCAGCCCACUCUCAAAAUCUACACCCAGAUGGCGGUCUGCUUUUCUGUCGAAGAUGACCAAUCCUAUGCAAACAUCACCAAAACUCUGUCGAGCGGUCUUGAGCGACUUACCGCCGGGUUUCCCUGGGUUGCAGGGCAGAUAAUCAACGAGGGCGCGAGCGAAGGUAACACAGGCAUCUUCAAGAUCGCGCCACUGGAACCAACCCCGCCCUUGAUUGUCAAGGAUCUGAGAGAGGACCCAUCAGUAUCGUCGAUGAAAGAUAUGAAAACGUCAGGCUUUCCCUUCGCCAUGCUUGACGAAAGCAUCGUCUGUCCUCGCCCGACUCUACCGAUCGAUCCCAAUCUAGUAGGGAAACCUGAGCCAGUUUUCAUCACCCAAGCUACAUUCAUCAAAGGCGGGCUCGUUCUCGCGUUCCUUGGCCACCAUCAGGUGCUCGAUGGAACCGGGCAAGGACAACUCAUCAAACUCCUGUCCAAGGCGUGUAAGGGCGAAGACUUCACCGAAGAGGAAGUAGCAACUGGGAACCUGACACGCCAGAACGUCAUUCCCCUCCUCGAGAACUUUAAGGGAGGGUCUGAGACUGAUGCGAUGAUCAUCAUGCCCUCAGCAACGCCAUCAUCGCCACCUGCCACAUGUAGCUGGGCUUACUUUGACUUUUCGUCAGAUUCUCUGUCAGCUUUGAAGUCAUUGGCUUCUGAGGCGGUCACGUCAGGCUACAUCACAACAGACGAUGCCCUUACUGCCUUCGUCUGGCAGUCAAUCAGUCGCAUUCGUGUGAAGCGCUUACCGAACGACGCGGCAACUAAGCUCGCUCGAGCUAUCAAUGUGCGAGGUUAUAUGGGAAUCCCUCAAACGUUUCCAGCCCUCAUACAAAGCAUGACGAACAAUUCCAUGGCGAUCAAGGACCUCGUCGAAAGACCACUGGGGGAAGCGGCAUCUCAGCUCCGAUCUGCUGUGGAUCCUACAGCCUUGAGCUAUGGAGUACGAGCUUUGGCGACACUCAUGAACCAAGCGGCCGAUAAGAGUGUCUUCUCAUUCACCGGGACCCUUCAUCUCGAUAGAGACUUGGCCUUUAGUUCCUGGGCGAAACUCGAUCUUUAUGAGCACGACUUUGGAUUGGGAUUGGGCAAGCCUGAGUCGGUCCGGAGACCGCAAUUCACACCCGUGGAGAGUCUUGGCUACCUGCUUCCCAAGGCACCAGAUGGCAGCAUCGCCCUAGCAAUAUGUUUAAGGGACGAGGACAUGAAUGGGUUAAAGAAGGAUGAAUUAUGGUUGAAGUAUUCAAAGUACAUAGGAAAGUAA